CUGCGCCAACACACACACACAUCAUCAACCUGGUGGACGACGGUAGCGUGGGCGAGACUUUUGUGCAUGGGUUGUUGGGCCGGGGGCUCCUCGAAAGCCCGUCUCCCCCAGAAAGGCAGCAUCAGUGGAUUUGUUCCUACAGGGUCGGCAGUUGGCGAAAGACGAUAACGGCGGUUAUGGCCGUUUCCAUAUUCGGAGCAUCGCCGUACUGGUACACAGGGGAUGCAGCGAAGACGGCAUAUGGGGCAACGAACUACGGUGGCAUAGGAAGUGUACCGGCGAGAACUACGUCAGGAGUGGAGGGUGGACAACUUGGAGAAGUGUUUGGUGCAGAUGGGCAUGUGUUGGAUGCUGAUGCCAAUGGCAAUAAACGGGACAACCUUCCAGCAAUACAAGAAGGUUUUCUGAUUCCGGAAGGCUUAUGGGGAGCACAAUUUCAUCAUCGGACAUCAAAAGAAAGGUUGGAAGCGUGCUUCAAUUUCAGAAGAAUGGAUGGCCCGGUGUACAAGGAGAUCGACGACAUGUCGAAGAGCAACAAGACAAUGUACCACGACAAUGUCGCCGAUACUAGCGCAUUGGGAAGGGUUCACUUGCCGAGUAGGGUCUCUGCUGCAGGAGGAUCCGACACCGGUGAGGAGGGUGGGGGCGCCAACAACAAUGGUUGCGGUUCCAUGAGGGACUCCGGUUUUGAACGCAGAGAGCACGGAGGGGAGCGGGAACUUGAAAUGGAAGAACAUGCAGCAGCAGACGUCCAAGGCCGUCGCCGAUGUUGUGGAGAAACACGACAUCAUACUCAUGGCCGAGACCGUAGAGGGUGCCAGCAAGUGCCACUGCUCCAUCUUAGAGAGGCAGUGCGACAUUCUCGAAAGGGAGAUUACUGUCGAGCGGCGGCACUACGAGACAUCGGAGGUGGCGAACAGGCUCAUGUGCUCAGCUCUGCUGGAGAUCACGAGAGCUAUUUCAAAACAGGCUGGUGCUUGCAACGUGCAUCUGGAUCAUGCAGAUGACAGGCGAUGAUCCAAGAUCCCACUACGAGGCGUCAUACUUCGCUACACUCAUCGCGGAGAUGAUGCUGGUGUCAGCGUUGCAUCGCAUAUU